AUGAGUUCCUACCAGCAAAAGCAGCCCUUUGUCCCACCCCCUCAGCCUCAACAGCAUCAGGUGAAGCAGCCUUGCCAGCCUCCACCUCAAGGACCAUUUGUUUCCACAGAGCCAUGCCACACAAAUGUUCCACAACCAGGAAACACAAAGAUUCCAGAGUCAUGUGACACCAAAGUCCCUGAGCCAGGAUAUACUGUGGUUCCUGGGCCAGGUUAUACUCCAGAGCCAGGUUAUAACCCAGGGCCAUGCUCUACCAACAUCGCUGAGCCAGGCUGUACCAUGGUUCCAGGGCCAUGCACUACCAGUGUCCAUGAGCCAGGUUAUACCAAGGUUCCUGAGAAGAGUUAUACCAAAGUCCCCGAGGCAUGUCCUUCAAAAGACACUCCAAGUCCAGCCCAGCUGAAGACCAAGCAAAAGUAA